GCCCGCUGCACCGCCCCCUCACCUGCGCCGGCCCGGCACCUGGCGCCGCCUCCGGAAGAGGGGAUCCGGGACCGCGGGGACCUUGGAGGGAGCCCGGCGUCUGCGGGUGAGAGCCUGGGGGGCGCCUGAGGACGGGGGCCGUUGGAGCUUCAGAGGCUGCAGCCACCAUGAGCUCCCCACAAGGACCAGGCUUCCUGUCGGGGCUGCUCUCUGGAGGUGCCUCCCCCAGUGGCAACGAGGGCUUCUUCCCCUUCGUGCUGGAAAGGCGGGACUCGUUCCUGGGAGGGGGCCCCGGGCCCGAGGAGCCCGAGGACCUGGCCCUCCAGCUACAGCAGAAGGAGAAGGACCUGCUGUUGGCUGCGGAGCUUGGCAAGAUGCUUCUGGAGCGCAAUGAGGAGCUACAGCGGCAGCUGGAGACACUGAGCGCCCAGCACUCUGAGCGCGAGGAACGGCUGCAGCAGGAGAACCAUGAGCUCCGCCGGGGCCUGGCAGUGCGGGGUGCUGAAUGGGAGGCCAGAGCUGUGGAGCUGGAGGGGGAUGUGGAGGCCCUGCGUGCCCAGCUGGGAGAGCAGCGCUGCGAGCAGCAGGACAGUGGGCGUGAGCGGGCACGGGCCCUCUGUGAGCUCAGCGAGCAGAACCUCCGGCUCAGCCAGCAGCUGGCCCAGGCCUCCCAGACCGAGCAGGAGCUUCAGAAGGAAGUGGAUGGCCUUCGGGGGCAGUGCCAGGCUCAGGUCCUGGCAGGAGCAGAGCUGAGGACGCGGCUGGAGAGUCUACAGGGGGAGAACCAGAUGCUGCAGGGCCGCCGGCAGGACCUGGAGGCCCAGAUCCGGGGCCUGCGUGAGGAGGUGGAGAAGGGCCAGGCCAGGCUGCGGGCCACCCACGAGGAGCUGCUGCUACUGCGGCGUGAGAAGCGGGAGCAUAGCCUGGAGCUGGAACGCGCGCGCUCCGAGGCCGGGGAGGCAUUGAGCGCGCUGCGGAGACUGCAGAGGCGCGUCUCAGAGCUGGAGGAGGAGUCGCGCCUUCAGGACGCCGACGUGUCGGUAGCCUCACUGCAGUCCGAGCUUGCUCAGAGCCUCGACGGUGACCAGGACCAGAAAGCGGACGGACGCAGAGACGCCCCGAACACUCUGUCCCCUGAGAUCCAAGAGGCAUUCAGCCACCAGCCUUCAGCCCAAGAGGAAAGCCUGGAGCCUCCCAAGAAGCGAGCAUCCCUGAGGCCAGGGGAGAUACUCGAGGAGAAGGAGGCCGAAGUGGCCCGGCUGCAGGAUGAGAUCACGCUGCAGCGGACAGAGAUACUGUCCCUGCGGGAGGAGCUGCGAAGGCAGAAGGAGCUGCGAACACAGGAGGACCCCGAGGAGGCCCUUAGCGGCGCCCUCUCGGAUCGGGACGAAGCUGUGAACAAAGCGCUGGAACUGUCCCUGGAGCUCAGCCGCGUCUCUCUGGAGAGGGACUCGCUCUCUCGGGAGCUGCUUCGCACUAUCCGCCAGAAGGUGGCGUUGACGCAAGAGCUGGAGGCCUGGCAGGACGACAUGCAGGUGGUGAUCGCACAGCAGCUGCGCUCGCAACGCCAGAAGGAGCUCAGUGCGGCCGGAUCAUCCCCGCAUCGCGCCGCAACGCGCUUCUCGCUGCGCCUGGGUCCUGGGUCCGCCGGCGGCUUCCUGAGCAAUCUCUUCCGAAGGACCUGAAGGACGGGCGAAGGGGACCGCCAGUGGCCUAUGGUUCACGUAACUCUUCUGGCCAAUGUAGCACCAGGGCCCUGUCUUCCAGAGGGGGCUGGUGCCCUCCGCGCCCCGGGAAGCUGGGCAAAGGCUCAAUGGGAGCAGGGGCCAGCUUUGGGGGCCAGGGACCCCAGGUGGGUGGCGGGGCAGGUGAGGCAGAGUUGUUUUAAAUCCAUAUAGGUCUCUGUUUUCUAAGCACCUUGCGCCUGGCGUGCUCCAGGGCAGAGAUGGGGGUGGGUAUUUAUGUAUCAAGGUCGAACAGAGUAAUAUAUAAAAAUCAUUACCCCAAA